UGUCAUCGUUGUCAUCAGCCACAUUUACAAUAUAGGAGCUUGUUUUUACACCUUUUACUGAAGUUUUGUUAAAAUCCUUUUCUUUUUUAUAAACCACAUGUGCCGCGAAAGGAAAAAGAAAUGCUCUGUGCAUACAUAAUUAGAUUAGUGAGGAGCCAGCGAAGCAAGUGAAUAAUUUGACAAAGUGUAGCCAUCCCUAUUGAGGUGGUAACUUCAGCCGUUUAAAUGGUGCUCACCGGUGCCAUGGAGCGACGGAUUAAGCUAAAAACGUUAAAUAGUCAUAUAACCUGCAAAAUAUGUCGCGGGUAUUUAAUCGACGCAACCACUGUAACCGAGUGCCUACACACCUUUUGCAAGAGUUGUUUGGUCAAGCAUCUGGAAGAAAAACACACUUGCCCAACAUGCCAAAUAGUUAUUCACCAAUCGCAUCCUCUGCAAUAUAUCAGUUUCGACAGAACGAUGCAAGAUAUUGUUUACAAGCUGGUUCCUGAUCUUCAAGAAAAUGAGAUCAAAAGAGAAAGAGAAUUCUACAGAGCUCGAGGCUUGCCUUGUCCCAAAGAUAUUUUGCCAAAUGCUGGUGAGAUGGAAGAAGAAAAAUCGGCGGCAGAUACACAUGCAGAAGCUGAUUAUCAUAGAGCGGAUGAACAAGUCAAUGUAUGUUUGGAAUGCAUAAAUGCAAGCUUGAAGACUCUGAGACGAAGAUUUAUCAGAUGUUCAGCACAAGCUACUAUUACUCAUUUAAAGAAAUUUAUAGCGAAAAAAGUUCUAAAUGGAAUGGAAAAGUAUCGUGAUAUUGAUAUUUUGUGCAAUGACGAGCUCCUAGGGAAAGACCACACGUUGAAGUUCGUGUACGUGACAAGAUGGAGGUUCCGGGACCCACCUUUAAGGUUACAAUAUCGACCUCGAAUAGAUAUAUAGAGGAACUCUUUAAUUACAGGACAAGUGACGAGAAGAAAAAUCUUCUGUCGCGUUUUACCUUAUCUUUAAUUCCAUUCUUCUCUCAUUUCGUAGUACUUAUAUAUGUGUUCUUUUCAUAUAUCACACCCCAAUCGACUGUAAGAUAGAGAAUCCUGAUUCUGCAGAUUGAAGGAAGAAACGACUUUAGACAUCGACUUUGGAUUGGAGUACCAAAGGCGAACCGAGGUCAUCAGAAUAUUUUAGCACACGUACAUAUACAGUAGAAAUGUUUUCGAACCAGCCAUGGCGUUACUGGUUCGAAAAACGUCAUAUUGUAUAAGCAAUAGCUUGGAUAGCUCAUAGCUUAAUAUAUUUAUUCUCGAGUGAUUUGCUACUCUCGUCUCAAUCUGAUUUUUCAAGACUGAGAUUGCCAGGAUCAAUCUUGGCAGUUUAUCCUCACGAGCGACUUAGUCGUUUUGCUAUCGCGAGUUCUAGUGAGGAAAAGUAAUAUACUUUAUAUUUUAUCUGCACUCUUUACAAUUAAAAGGUGGCACUUUUUUUAAACGAUUUUGAUGAAAAAGAGUGUAAUUAAUUUUUAUUUUCGAGAUAUUUCGACGCGUUAGUUCUUUUUUUUGUUUGUUUGUUAUUAAUCAAUUGUCUUCGAUUUUUCGUGCUUUCAUGUGAUUCUCAAUGAAUUUAAUCAUCGAAGAUUUGACCUGCAGCUCUCGAUAAGCUCUAAAAAUGCGGCGUCAAAAGUCAUCUUAUUAUUGUAUUAUUCCUAUAUCUUACAUUAUCAUAUCUUAAAUUAUUGUAUUAUAUUCCAAUGUCUCGUCUAUUACUCUAGUAAAGAAAUUAAUAAGUUUGCAUAAUUGUAGCGAUUAAUUAUGUAAAUGUGGCUGGUGCAGGGAAACAUAGAGACAUAAUUUCUCUAUGUCAGCAACCAUUUUUUAAUAAGAGUAUAUUAAAAAGUGGUGGACAUAGAAUAAUGCUAUUCAUUUUAUUUUAGAGAAAAACGUGACUUAGCACUGGCAUUAGGUAUUUUAUUAAGUGUGGGUUCUGUCUGAUUUGCUUGAUUAACUCUUGUGUUCAAAAGUAAAGAGAAAUCGUCCCUUUUUUUCCUCGAAUUACCGAACGUUUACUCGUAAAUUUAAUACGACAAAGACUAAAUGACCUUCAUGCUUGUAAAAUAUUUGUGUAAAUUUGAUUUUAUCAACUACUGUACUGUAAAUAGAAUAUUUUUGUCAGAAUUUUGAAUCUAGAUACCUGUUUCGACACAUUUGAAAAGAUUGUUGCUAGGCCUGAGAGUUAUGAGCUGAAUAUUUUUACCUUUAUAUUACACACCCUCACAUCGAUGGACUUUGGCGAUAUAAAAUUGUCUUUUUAUUUAAAUUUAAAGUUCGAUAAGAUUAAACAAAAUCUGAUGUAAUUAUAAUUUGAUUGAUUCUAGAUUUAAAAGUUAAGAUUACAUUUUGGAAAAGAAAAAGGAAUAAUAUUAUAGAAAAUAUGCUUCAGGGAAAACAUUUUAUGAACGAAAGGAAUUUAUUUACUAUUAUAUUGAAGGUCCAUCGAUCGGAUAUUUCAGCUUGAUAUUUUGCUCAGACGAUUUUGCUGCGCAAGGAAAAUAUUUUAGAAAGUAAAUUCGAAAAAAGGAUGAAUUAUAUUAUAGUUGCAAAUGGAACUUUGAGCAAAAUUCAAGACAGAAUUUAUCGCUUGUAGUGAAUAUUUAAUGAGAUGUUAAGAAUAAAGUGUGAUUGUAUAUAAUAUUAGAGAAAUCGAAAUCAGUUUGCAAGUAGCAGCAUACAGAAAAAGCUUGUACUAUGUACACUAUGUGUGUAUCGCUCUAAAUUAUUCAAUAAAUAUGUUUUGUACAGUAAAGUAA